CCUCUGCCACGACGGAGCCAAGGGCAAGGAGAAAUCUUUCUUUAAAUUGGAGAUCUUUGGAAUUACUAGCUAUAACACGCUGACUUAAUUAAGUUAUGGCGGAAUUUCAGUGUCAUGUAUGUCAUCGGAGCUUUUCCUCGCUUGAGAGCUGUGUAAAAGAUUUACAUUCACACCACUCUUUCCCAAAAUCGUGUGUUGUCCGCGGAUGUGGACGUAGUACUUCCACCCGAUUAGCAAGGCAUCUUAAAAAAGCACACAGAGGAUUAUGUGAGCAUCCCUGUGGCAAUUGCUCAAGAGUCUUCGUUUGCGCAAUCGACUUGAAGCAGCACUCAGACGCUCUACAUUCCGGAAGAGUAAACACGAGUUACGCGAUAAAUCACCAGGCCGUCCAUGACAUUGCGACAGGUUUCUCAUCGCUAUUUCUACGUCAUUCUGCGCCUACGACGGCAGUAGAUUUUCGUAGCCCUACAACAGAAACAAGCCUCAACAGAUUCAUUGAUGCAAACCUGCAACCAACCGAAGCAUUCAACCAGGAAAUGCAUACCGACGUCGAGAAGGUGUGCAGUUUUUUACGGCGACACAUGAGACCCCACGAAAUUGUAAAGGGGGGGUCAUUAGGCAAAGGAACAGCCGUAAAAGGAAAUUCUGACAUCGAUCUUGUUAUGAUUUUAAAUGAUGUGAGAGAUGCAGAAGAUCUCAAAAGGCAACUACCUGGGAUUAAAAAUGAUGUUAAAGAAAAGUUGAGACAUCUUCCAAGAAGCUUUACCAUUAACUCCUUAACAGACACAACUUUCUCAGUAAAGUUUUCUGUCGAAGGAAAACAUGGAGAUAUAGAUGUGGACCUCUUGCCAGCGUUUAAGUUUGAAGAUCUCGGAAGUCUCUAUGAACGUAUGAGAGAUGAUUUGUAUCACGCUGAAUACUACAGCGCAGCAUUAGCUAAACAGCAGGUUGACUUUGUGGAAGGGUAUCCAGCCAAUGUAAAGAACUUAAUUCGCUUGGUCAAGCACUGGAAAAAGAAAAUGGUUCGGCCAUCGUCGCCUCGCAGACGGAUCCCGAAUUCGUAUCUCAUGGAACUGAUCACGAUACAUCUUUGGAAACAAAAUAAAGGAUAUGAUGGUACAUUUAAUACGUUGAAGGCGUUCCAUGGAGUUAUGGAAGCACUUAAGGAAUAUCGAUCUCUGAAUGUUACUUGGACAACGAAUUAUUCUACUAGUCAAAUACCAAGCGAAAUUCGACGCCAAAGACCUUUGGUAAUGGACCCUGCUAAUCCAACGAAUAACGUUUGCGCAACAUUUGAUUGGGAUGAAAUCAAAGAAGAGGCAGGAAGAGUCCUUGCCAGCCCAAUGAUGCUCGGUAUUUCUUCAACGAAUUGGAAUUAAGAAAUGAGAUGAAUUAGGAAGAAGAGAAGAAUUGAGAAGAAUUAAGAAAUGAUGAGAUCAGCUGUUUAAAUAAUCUUUUACGCACAAAUUUUAUUCUAAUGUUGUAUUACGUACAGUAUAUGUUAAGUCAAUGUGCUUCUGUACCAGUGUUCGUUUUAAAACUUUAGAAAAUGUAAUUUCAAUCAGUCAAGAAAAAAUUAAGGUAUUCAACUUUGCAAACAAACGAUUAAAAAAAUAAGUGUCAAGUCCGCUUUAUCUCAGGGUUAGGUUUACGGUAACAACUGGCCUCAGAAGACUAUGUUUGCUGUAUUUGUAAAUGCACUAAACAUGCACAAACGCCUUAAGCGCGCACACAAACGCAAUUGAUAUUGUAAAUAGGUAAACAUCACGCAAACAUGUAGAAUCAAAGUAACCUUUUUCU